AUCAAUUAGUGAAUUAAAGCGCCCUCAGUCGACAGCAAAUGAUGAGAGACAGCCGAGUGCGAGACUCCAGGGAUCCUGGUGAACGAAAUACUGACAGCUCCAGUUAAAAAAGUUUCCGAUCACCAACUCGCCAUGCCUCCUAAACGAAAAGCUGCAGCGGCCAAAGCUGGAGGCAAAAAGAAGAAAGUAGAGGACCCGCCAGCUACCGACAGCAAGUCUGAUAUCAAGAAGAAAGUAGAGGCUCUCAAGACUGCAGAGAAGGGGAAAAAGAAGACCUACGUCGUGGAUAGCUACUACUCUGGCUCUGGCGCUGUGUACGAGGACUUUGAUUGCAUGCUGAACCAAACCAACAUCUCGCAGAACAACAACAAAUAUUACGUCAUCCAGUUGAUACAAUCUGGCAAAAAUUACACUGUGUGGAGUAGAUGGGGUCGUGUUGGAGAGCCCGGAGCCAAUCAGAUGACCUCGUUUUCUGACGUCAGCCAGGCCAUCAAAUCCUUCGAGAAGAAAUUCCAGGACAAGACGCGCAACAAGUGGGCUGAGCGGGCCAAUUUCGCCCCAGUGGCCGGCAAGUACACGCUGAUUGAGGUGGAGCAGAGCGAAGACGUGAAGGAAGACUUGAAGAAGCUGAGUGAACUGGAAGCUGGUGGCUCCAAAACAACAACUAAAUCAUCAGAGUAUGCCCCAAGUAAACUGGACACACCAACCCAGAAACUCUUGGAUCUGAUCUUCGAUAACAACAUGUUUCAAGAGCAGAUGGCAAACUUUGAGCUUGAUGUGAAGAAAAUGCCCCUGGGUAAACUGAGCAAAGCCCAGCUGGCCAAAGGCUUUGAUGCUCUUGAGGACAUUGAGACUGCCAUCAACAACAAGGCUGGCACCAAGAAACUGCAGGAACUCAGCUCCAGGUUCUACACGUUGAUACCGCAUUCCUUCGGCCGUAAGCUCCCGCCGACCAUCAGCGAUGCUGAGACAUUGCAGAACAAGAAAGAUAUGCUCCUGGUUCUGAGCGACAUUGUUAUUGCUCAGGAUAUCAAGAGAGAACAGGACGAGACAAUGUCACAGUCCCAGGCUGCAGUGGCACCGAAUCCGCUGGACGUGAACUAUGAACUACUGAAAUGCAAGCUGGAACAUUUGGCUCCCAAGUCAAAGGAACACAAGGUGAUUUCUACCUAUGUUGACCAGACAAAGGGUGGAUGGAGGCAGGCAAAGUUGUUGAAUGUCUGGAAGGUGGCUAGAGAAGGAGAAGAUAAACGAUUUGCUGCCCAUGACAGCAUUGAGAAUCGUCGUCUGUUGUGGCAUGGCACUAACGUGGCUGUGGUGGCGGCCAUCCUGAAAACGGGCCUGCGCAUCAUGCCUCACUCUGGCGGCCGCGUCGGCUGUGGAAUCUACUUCGCUUCCGAGCAUGCUAAAUCCGCUGCAUAUGUGAGAUCUACCAACAACGGUACAGGCAUCAUGUUCUUGAAUGAGGUAGUGCUGGGCAAGGAGCACCAUAUCACCCAGGGUGAUGGCAGUCUGAAAAAGGCCCCGUCGGGCUAUAAUUGCAUCAUUGCUAAAGGAAGACAAGAACCAGAUCCUAAAAAGGAUACCAACUUGGUGUUGGAUGGCAAGAAAGUUGCCGUGCCUCAAGGGAAGCCUGUCAAUCAGAGUAAAUACAACAACAGCCACUUCUCACAGAGCGAGUAUCUGGUGUACAGCGAGAGCCAGAACCGUAUCCGCUACAUGCUGGAGUUUAACUUCCACUAAAAAUGGCAGCAGUGGCGAAUCGGAUAUUGUGAUAGAAGGUAAAAUGAAAAACAAAAACAAAACACAGCACAACUCGACUCUUGUCAAAAAUAUUAGGACAAAUGAGAAGUUUCAAGUAUCAGAUUUAUUCUUGAAACACAAUUCUUGGUUUUGUUUGAAAAAUAGCUGGUUGGAUUUUAUUUUUUUCAAGAAACAUUUACAAGUUUUUUUUAAUAACCCUAUAAUCUCAUAGAUUGUAUAUGUUUUUCAUUUUUUUCAAUAUGGUUUUUAAAAUCCCCCAAACACUCGGAUGCAAGAACAAGAGAUAACAUUUUAAGUGUAUUAGAAUUACACUUGCAACUUACAA